AUGCCUAACAACGUCCCUAAUCUCUAUCGUUGGGGAGUCUUUAGAAGACUGGCUAAUCGUCUCGAGUCUCUGGACCGUUUUCUGGAAGCAAUGAGUGAGAUGAUGAAGUUUAGUGAUGCGGAAGACCGCCAAAUUCGCCACUACGGCCGUAAGAUCAUCUCUCUUACGGAGAGGAACAUGUGGCCGUACAAAGCGGCAUUUUUUAAAAUGCUUGUCUUGAUCAGGCGCCGGAGGUCGGCGUUCCCUGCUUACUUGAACACUCGUAUCAGUGCGCUCUUGGAUUAUUCCAUAGAGCAUAAUAUGGUGCUACGGACCAGAGGAAUCGAUCCACGUGUCCAAUUGGGCAUCAAGGAGUUGAUAAUCGUCAGGAAACCACGAGCGGCUCGUCAAAGCACUAUCGAGGCUGUAACCCCUCUCUCGUCGGCACAGGGAUCAUCUACCGGCUGUUUAAAAACACCCAACGAGCCACUUGGUGCCUCCAUUCCCUCGAAGGCUGUUUGCGCGCGGCUGUCAAACGAAAGACCGACGCUCUGA